AUUUUCUUAGAUAGACAUUUUUGAAUUUUUCUCACAUUAAUGAUCCUCAAAAAAAGUAAAUGAUCAAAAUAGUAUUUUUUUAUUUUAAAAAUUUUAAUUUUAAUUUUAAUUUUUUUAAAUUUAAAACCAUAUCUCUAAAACUCCACCCUUUAACUCUUAACCAUAAAUUUAUUAUAUUAGUUAAUCUUAAGAUAAAAGUAUAUUUUUACCCUUAAAUAAAAUUUAUUUUAAUCAUUUUUUUCGUAUUAAAAGUUAUUUUUAUGAAAAAAAUUUAAAAAACUAUCCUAGAGAAUUUUUCAAGAAUUAAUCUGAUUAAAUCUUUUUGUUAUUGAUUGAUAGAAGGCGAGGGAAAAAAAGCCCGCCCAAAGUAUUUGGAGGCUUCCUCAACAAUUUUCAUUUCCAACAUUUUUCCAGAGAGAGGAGAGAAAGGUGUAAGCAGAGUCUCAGAUUUCAUUCAUCAUCACGAACAACGGAUCGUCAUGUCGAAGAAAAGGGGGCUUUCGUUGGAGGAGAAGCGCGAGAAGAUGCUUCAGAUCUUCUACGACUCUCAAGACUUCUUCCUUCUAAAGGAGCUUGAGAAGAUGGGGCCUAAGAAGGGUGUGAUUAGCCAGUCGGUGAAAGAUGUUAUCCAGAGCUUAGUCGAUGAUGAUCUUGUUGCCAAGGACAAGAUUGGCAUCUCUGUCUACUUUUGGAGCCUUCCCAGCUGUGCCGGCAAUCAGCUUAGGAGUGUUCGCCAGAAACUUGAAUCUGAUCUUCAGGGUAGUAAUAAAAAGCUUGCGGAACUUGUUGAUCAGUGUGAUGCUUUAAAGAAGGGAAGGGAGGAAUCAGAGGAACGAACAGAGGCUUUGGCGCACCUUCAAGAUAUUGAGAAGAAACACAAAGAACUCAAGAACGAGAUGGUGCAGUUUGCUGAUAACGAUCCAGCUACCUUAGAGGCAAUGAGGGCUGCAAUUGAAGUUGCUCACCAAUCAGCUAACAGAUGGACAGAUAACAUCUUCACAUUGCGACAAUGGUGCUCAAACAACUUCCCCCAAGCCAAGGAACAACUGGAACAUCUCUACACGGAGGCGGGAAUCACCGAGGACUUUGACUACCUAGAGCUAUCUUCAUUCCCUUUGAGCUCAUCCUCCCAUGAUCCCGAAACUCCAAAGCAGCUGCUAGUAGAAGAUCAAGCUUAGUUCUAAAAAAAAAUCUUUUUUAAAAAAUUACCCAAGUAAAAAAAAACUCAUUCACUACAGCUUAGUGGUUAAAUAAGAUACUUACUGCCUCUGAUGCUUGUGGUCUAUUUGUCGGCUAUGUCCAGUGUUGGCUUUGUCCUAUCAUAUCAUUGGAGUUAAUAUAAUAUAUCAUGGUUAGUUGUUGAUUUCCCUUGUAAUUUGUUGACAGCUGUAUUUAUGUUAUGCCUCGGCCACUUUUUUUUU